GACUCCGAGGAGAGACUGUCAGCGGCUUCUUGGGAUAUCCCUGACCUGAGACAUGAACGCAAGCCCCCCUGCAGGAAGCGCCCUGGCCCCCGGCGGGUCGACGGGCCCCACCACGCCCAAGAAGGGACCGCCCAAGUUCAAGCAGAGGCAGACUCGCACGUUCAAGAGCAAAGCCCCCAGGCCAGGCCAGAAGGGCUUCGGUGACGACAUCCCCGGCAUGGAGGGCCUCGGCACAGACUUCACCGUGGUGUGCCCAUGGGAGGCCUUCGGCGACAUGGAGCUCAGCGACCUGGCCAAAUACGGCAUCAUCUAAACCUGCUGCCUCCUGCCUUCCCCUCCUCUCCGCGACCCCCUCCGCCCGGCCUUCGCCCCACCUCGGCUCGGCACGCCGCCAUAAGGCUGCCGGCCGCCCCGCUAACGCCCUCUCGUCUAUCUACCUCAGGCUUUGCUCCACUGAGUGGAGUCAAGGCUUAAUCAUGUUCUUAUUUUUAUAUUGCUAUUAUUAUUAUAUGAUACUGUUUACAGUAUUUAUACUUGAAAUGAAAAGACGAGAAAAGACCUCCAGACACCUUCUUCCACCCCCCUUCAUCCAGCUCUAAAACCCUUUCCUCUAACCCCCCCCCCCGGCGAUGGACGCAAGCAAAAACACUAGUUAACUCUAGCCUGUAUUUGCUUCUAGCAGUCUGUUACAAUGUAAAUAAUUUGAUUGCAGUAUUUCUACCUUGUCUUCUACGCUCACCUUUUGUACUCCCCCCGCCCCCCUCUUUUAUUUCGCAUUGUAUUUUCUACUCCUUGUUGCGAGAGUUACUGUGAAACACCACAGGAUGCAAGGAGAGCGGCAACGACGGAAGCUACAAUGCCCACAGUUAUUCCACUUGGACACUCAGGAGGAAAUCCCU